AUGUCUUUGAGCAAAAUUGUGUCCGGGGCAUCUCAGAUUUUUGACAAGCUGCCGCAGGGAGCGCAGCGACUUGUUGUGUCUCCAUAUUUAAGGAAGGGGCUCGCAAUUCUGGUAGCUUGGAAAGUUUUGAAGGCCGUCAACAGCUACAUUUCUCAAUGUUCUCAGAAUAACUGGGUGCGAAUCGGUCCGUGGGAUCCCACCAAGGAGCUAGCGGUUCUUACUGGCGGUAGUAGCGGCAUUGGAAAACAGAUUCUGGAAGACUUGGCGAAGGUGAAUGUCAAAGUCAUUAUACUGGACAUACAAGAGCCAACAUUUGAACUACCCCCGAAUACAUACUUCUACCAUGCCGACAUUACGUCUCUUUCUGUCGUGAAGGCAGUUGCAAAUGAAAUCAGAAAGGAACAUGGAAAUCCCACGAUUCUGAUCAACAACGCCGGCGUCGGAUUUGGGAAGACACUUCUCGAUUCAUCCGAAGCAAACAUCCGCCUCACGUUGGAUGUCAACACUACUUCCCACUUCUGGACCGUGAAGGAAUUCCUUCCUGCCAUGAUCCAGAAAGACCAUGGCCAUAUCAUUACGCUGGCAAGUGUGGCAAGUUUCAUUACUGUUGGGGAGUUAACGCCCUAUUGCUGUUCAAAGGCAGCUGCGCUUGCUUUCCACGAGGGUCUCACACAGGAAAUCAGGCAUUGGUACAAAUCGCAGAGAAUCCGAACAAGUAUCAUCCAUCCUUUCUGGGUGCGCACUCCUUUGAUUGAUAAUCUUUUGAAGGAAGGGAACGUCAAGACCCCGAUGAUGAGUCCGAAGGAUGUGUCAUCUGCGGUAGUCAAGCAGAUUGUGUCCCAGAAUGGCGGUCAAGUCAUUCUCCCAAGCUCUCAAAGCUCUGUGUCGCUUCUGCGGAGUUUACCAAGCUGGUUGCAGGAUCGGAUGAGAAACGAAACCUCCCUGCAAAUUGUGAGACUUCGUCAACUGGCGAAGGAACGUGGCGAAGAGAAAUAA